ACUACGUCACGGGCACCUGUUUCCUGUAACGUGCAUUCCAACUACUGAAAAAGUCUUCAGAGCAUGAAUCUUUAUAAUUUGAUUAUGGUGUAUUCUUUGUGAAUUAUUUAAGAGAAAAAUAUAAGUUUUCUGUUUAUCAUCAUUAGUAACUGAGUGAUGGUAUUGUAAUCAUGGGCUGUGGAACAUCCCGAGUUAACCCCGACGGGGAGAAAGAAGCAGCCACACCCAGACCUAACCCAAACAAGAGCAGAAAUGGACUAGUACCGAAUGGAGAAACUAAAACAUAUGAUAAGAAGACAGCCGUGGAUUCUAAUGCUAACAUUCCUAGCCAAAGACCAGUUCCAAAGUCUGUGGCUUUUGAAGUUUUAUUGGAUGAGAAUAAAACAGACAGUUUGAUAAGGAAACAUCCUCCAAUGAGAAUUCAGAAAUUAGAACCUUUGAGCUUACCAGUUCUUACUCCAGAAAUGUUAGCAGAAAAACAGAGACUGGCUGAUGAGAAACGAGAAAGGGAAUUACAAAAAAGAGCAAGUGCAUCUAGGAAGAAGUCACAGAGAAGGAGAGAAAUUCUGAAAGCUCAAGAAAUAGCACAAGACUUACAGCAAAAGGAGGUUCAGAACCAGUUUUUAACUAGAGAAAAAACAGUAGAAAAUUUAAGGUCUGCAAAAUUAGCAGAAAUACAAGAAAAACAAAGAUUGCAAGAAGAAAGAAGAAAAAGAACAAGAGAAAGGGCCAAGAAAAUUAACACAGAAGAUCAGCAGGAGGUAGGAAUGUUGGAGGUUGAAAAAGACGACCAUUAUAAUGCUGAUGAUGCGGAUUCAUGGCUGAAUGGAGAUGAUAAUAAUAAUGACAAUCCAUCUGAGCCGGGUGAUAGAGUCUAUAAUGGCCGAACAAGUCCAUCUAAAAACACGAAUCCUAGAGAGUGUCCUCCUAGUGCUUCAACUGUUGAUAGUUAUGACAAUGCCUAUAAUCGUAAAACAAGUGGUAAAACUCGUGCAGAACAGAUAAAUUCACAAACUGACGAUUUCUUUGACUCUUGAUGACAAGAUUCUAGCUAUAUAUAGUCAUGUGACUUUGUUCAGUAGAUAGUAUCUCAAAGGUUUUGACCUGUAUCUUUGUGUCAUAUUUCAUAGUAUAACUAGUGAUGCAGUACAUGUAGUAACCUUCAAUUGAAGUGGAUUUAGUCAUUGUCACUCGUUCAGACUUGGGUUGGCCAACGAUUCGGUAAAACUCAAAGUUUACACACAUAAAGUCAUGUGCCUUCAAAUUGGGACAAACUUGUCUGGCUUUUUUUUUAUAAUUAGCUUAACACUUGUAUCUAUAUAAAUAUAUAUAGAAUCUUGGAAAAAUUAUUGAAGAUUUUUUUUCAUUAUUUUUUGGCAAAAUCUUUUUAAACUUGAGUAGGAGGUUCCAUGUUGUGUAGGGUAGAAUUGACAUAUUCCACACAUGGUGUAGUGCAUCAUGGGUAAGUUGACUGAUCUAGUAUUGUUAUCAUCAUUUAUAUUUUUCUACAAUUUGUUCAUAACUUUUAUAUUUUGUAGAUUUUUUUAUACAAAUGUUGUAAUUGUAAAUUCAGGAACUAUUGAUGUAAAAAUAAAGAGAUGUUGUAUGGUAGUCAACUUUUGAGCAGAACAAAUAUUAUUACAGUUGUUGAUCAAAUCAAAUGAAUAACAAGAUAAACGCGGAAAAAAAAUAAACAUAAAUUAUGUUAUUGUAGUAUUAAACCAAUUUUUAAGAGUUUUCUUUGAUUGUAAAAGUGAAAAUGUUAGCCAUGCAGUGAAGGAGAAAAACAAAGAAACUGAAGAAGGCAAAUGGCCGAAACAACUUAAAAUUAAUUGCAAAAUAUUCUGAAUUUAUAGUAAUAAAUGAUAAUUACUGAAUUUAUAUGUCUUUGUGAAAGAGUUCAUCAGUGUUCUUUUUACUUAGUUUUGUUAGCAUGAAUUAUAAAUUGAUAUUGUCAAUUAUAUUUAUGAAAAUAUUUAAUGUAAUUGUUUAUGCAGGUCCAUAAUUAGUGGUUUUUACAUUGACAAUUUUCAAUUCCAUUUAUAUCUUUCAUAUAUAAUAUAGCAUGUUUAGAUAAUGAAUGCGACUAGAGGUAUAAUUUGCACUUUUUCAUCAGACAAAAUUUGUAUGCCACCAAUGAAUAGUAUUGUUUUUAGACUUAUUAUGCUUCUAGCUAGAAUUUGUUGGUUUUACUUUUUGAAUUUUAGAUAAUAAAAAAAACAAUUUCAUUUCAAUGGCCUUUGAUCCCUCCAAUUUCACUCCAUUUAUAAAAACUACAUUUGAAUAAUGUGGAAAAGAAGAAUUUCCUGUUUGAUCUGUAAAAUUCCAUUUAAAUUCUAAAAAACUGGUUCACCAGACAUUCAAACUAAAAGCAUACAAGAAUGGCAGUUGAAGGUAUUUUAAAACACAAAAAGUUCCACGCCAGUGAAUUUCACAAAUCUUGCCAUACACUGAAAAUUUAAAUACAGGUAAAAUAUUUAUAUAUCACAAUAUGUCUAGUCCUUAUACAUGUUCAGGUUUAUUUAUGGAAAAUGCAUUGGAUAUUUUGUUUACCUGUAUGAUUUUUUUUAUUGUGGCAUUAUGUUGCUGUCUCAUUGACCUUUAUAUCAAACAUUUUUACAUUCAUUUUUGUCAAUUACAGCUAAUAAUAAAUUCUUUGGCAGAUAUAAAAUAAGCAAUUUAUAAAAAUUCAACAUUUAUUAUGUAUUCAUUAACAAGUAGCACAUAUAAGUUAUGAAAACAGAGACUGUAUUCUGUACUUCAAAUUAAGAUCUGUUUUGUGUAUAUUUUUGUGAAUGUUUCUCAUUAGCAUAAAAAUUAAACCAAGACUUGGAAAUCCUCCUUUAAAAUAAUGUUGUAAGAACUAAUAAUGCAAAUUCCAAUAAACAGGAUGCUUAUCGUAGAUUAGGUGUAGCAAUAAAAGAAGCAUUCCAGGAUUUUUUUAAUUUAGGUGUCAGAUCACUAAUUCAAAAUCCCUAUAGCUUUAUAUAAUGUUUCAAUUUGCACAGCUCUCUAGAUAUUUAACUGUAAGAUUAACUUCACAAGAACCAUCUAUAUCUCGAAUUAUUCAUGAAUUGACUUUCUAUAUGCCAAUUUGUAAUCAAUGGUAAUAAAAUUAACGGUACCAAUUUUCUUGCACCAGAUAAAGUCUUGUAGUGAUAAAUGUUCAGGCAGUCCCCUACAAUUAAAAAUAGCAUGCUGGACUAAUGAAAAUCAGCAUUAAGAUACAGGUAUUGAGCACAACUAGUAAAUUUGGCAUCAAAAUUAUUAACAUAUAUUUUUUUCAAUUAGAACAUGUUACAUGCAUGUUAAAAUAUCAUUUGCUAGUUAAUAAGAAAACAACAAUAUUAAAAGCACAAUUUUUGUCAAAGUUGACUACUUCUAUGUUCUAAAUUGGAGUGGGUGAAUUGUUAAGGCUGACAACCUUUCAAAUGUACUAAUAAUGUUAUUAGCCAUUACACAUAGAGUGAUGAUAGUUAUAUGCUCAGUGAUAUUUAAAUGUGUUCGGAUUUUGAUAUUUUUUACUUUAUCAUUUAGAUCUACCAUUAAUUUAGAUAGAUUAGGUAUCCAUAUCCUCUUAACUUGCAGGAGUUUGAUGUGAAUGAUUAGAACAUUGUAGUAUUUGGUUGAAAUAUAUAAUCAGUAUUGAUGAAUAGCCAAAUUAUGUCAAAUAAGUUAUAGUACCUGUUAAAAAGUGGUAUGUAAUUUUGAUUUCUCUUUAUACCAUGUGACAAUGUCGAACGUGUUGUGUUCUUUACAACCAUUUUUGACCAUUAAAAUUGUGGCUUUUUACAAUAGUGAAAUUAAAUGAAAAACAUUUAUUCUACUAUAAUGAGAUAAAAUGUAAACUCAAGACUACACAAAUUUUUGUUUCUUGAUAUUUCAGUUCCUAUUCAAAUAUAAAAAAAAUAAUUUGAGUUGAAAUUUUUAUACCAAUUAAAUAGUUUUGCCUGUAUUUACCCGUUAUAGAGGUUUAUAAUUAAGUAUUUGUAUGCUAUGAUUAUUGCAGUAAUAUUUGAAAGAAGAUAUGUGUAUAUUAUCACCUUAUUUAUUAUCUGUUCAUUAAGUAUUGUAAACAAUACAUGUAUAUUCAUCAGUAUUAUAAAAAACAUAGAUGUAUCAUUUAGAUUAUUUAGUGUUUGGAUGUAGUGUAUAUAAGAAAGACAACUCUUGGAAAGCAACACAUAAAAGAAUUAUUCAUUUGCAAUAACUGCAAAUUUGUCCAGGUUGUUAUAGUUUAAUUUCUAUAUCUGACCUUGCUUAUUUGUUAGAUUUUCUUUUAAUGCCCAUUAUUGGUUCACUAGACUUUAAAACUUAUCAUGUUUUUAUUAUAGAAGUACAAAACAGCUGAGUUUUUAAUAGAAUCCCAAGUUUAACAAAAUUAUUAAGAUAUUGAACAACACAUUCAGUAUCAGCUUUACUUAAUCAUUAGAAAUGUGCAAGUGAAUCAUUCCACACACAAAAGAUAUCCUAGGUGCAUAAAGAUGUCAGCAUGCCAAGGGAAAUCCCUAUAUCCCUAUUGAAAUAUCAAGAGAUACCUUUGACUGUCUGUCCUUCUUUCCAUCUUUUAGUUCAUCCUUCUGUUCAUCCUAGAAGUAUUUUCACAUUAUAUGAUUCAAACUUGAGCAGAGGCAUUCAUGUCCUCACACACAUUCAUAUUUUAUAAUUCAACUAUUUUGUGUAUAUUUAUUUUGGUCUUUCUUUGCAUAAUUAAAAGUAACAAGUAAAUCACCUCACAUUAAGAUUUUACAACUCCCCACUAUCACAUACAAAUAUUCAGGGUAAUAUGAAAUUUCAAGAUUGUUUACAUAAAUAUAUGCCUUUUGAAAAAUUAUUCAAAAUUUACAGUCUUAGAUUAGGAGAUAAUUUGAAGAUUUCCACUGACAAUUAAGAACCCUAAUUUAUUUAUCACAGUGUUUUAGAAUUUGUUAUUAAUGUAAUACUAAAUUGAUCAUAGAUGAUGGUAGUUGUUUAGUGCUGAUGAAACCAUGGUUAUCUACAUCACAUUUUGCCUUAAAUGAGAAUAAUAGUUAUGAUAUUCUUAGUAAUUUAGUUAUAAUCACAUGUAUCCAUUUUACAUUCACAAUGGGUUGUAUUUUUACAACCUUUAAAAAUUGGAAAAAAACAUAGUUACACCCUUUUAGAUCAACUGUAAUUCAUAAAAGGAAAAGAUGUGAUAGUACAAAUUUACUUGCAGCUUCAAUUUGAAAAUAAGGUUUGUAAAUAUAGCACCAAACUUAAUGGUCAAAGGGUUUUCACAGUCAUCCUUGUAUUAACUGAUUGUCCUGUGAAAUGACUGGCUGGCAAUAAAUAUUGUUACUUUUUGCAAAAGGUAGGAAUCAAAGAUUAUAAUGAUAUUUUGAUCCACCGAACAAAAAAGUUACAGAAGCAAACCUAUUAUUUUCUAUUAUACAUUCAACUAUAGGCACUUUAAAAAUCUAAACUGUUAGUUUUCUGGUUUGAAUUGUUUUACAUUGUCUUAUCAGGGCCUUUUAUAGCUGACUAUGCGGUAUGGGCUUUGCUCAUUGUUGAAGGCUGUAUGGUGACCUAUAGUUGUUAAUAUUUGUGUCAUUUUGGUCUUUUGUGGAUAGUUGUCUCAUUAGAAAUCAUACCACAUCUUUUUUAUAUAAACCAAUUGCUAAUAAUAACUUUCUCUUAUUUUAUAUUCAAAUUUCAAUAUUUCAUGGUAUAUAGGAAUAAAGGAUCUACUUCUAGAAAUUGAAUUUAGGAAAAAAGUAAUUUAUCCAUGAAACUGGUACCAAGUAUUUGUUUUACAUUGUUUUGCACAGUAUUCAGAAGAACCAGUCAAUGUUUGUUAUUGUUUAUCUGAACCAGUAUUUAUUUCUCUGUGAUAUGUAUUGUUUGUUUCUUCAAAUUUUAUACAUGAUUAAUUUAUAGCACACACAUAGAUUUAUAUAAUUUUCUUUUUUGUAUAUUUUUGUACAUUUGAGGAGAAAUAUGUUUGCAGAUUUUUUGCUGAUAUAGUUUAUGAAAUAGAUUAUAGAAUUGUUGAAAGUGUAUGUAUGUUUUCAUUCCAAUAAAAAAAAUGCUGAUGCUUGUA